AUGGCGACGCCAUUGGACGGAGGAGGAGGAGUGGCGUUGCUCUCGAACUCCGCCGCGAACAAAGUCGAUUCCUCUUCGACUAUCAAUGGCGGUUUGAAGUGUUCCAAACUCGAUUCACCGAUUUUGAUUUUCUUGUUCUUUCAUAAAGCGAUUCGGAAUGAGCUUGACGUUUUACAUCGAUUAGCCAUGUCAUUCGCCACCGGUAAUCGCUCUGAUAUUCGUCCUCUCUUCGACCGUUAUCAUUUCCUCAACUCUAUUUAUCGUCAUCACUCCAAUGCUGAAGAUGAGGUGAUCUUUCCUGCUCUAGACAGACGUGUGAAGAAUGUAGCACAAACUUAUUCUCUUGAGCACAAGGGUGAAAGCAAUCUUUUUGAUCAUCUAUUUGAGCUCUUAAAUUCUUCCACCAAGAAUGAUGAGGGUUUUCCAAGAGAAUUGGCAUCUUGCACAGGAGCUUUACAGACAUCAGUUAGUCAACACCUGGCAAAGGAAGAGGAACAGGUAUUUCCUCUACUUAUCGAGAAGUUCUCUCUUGAGGAACAAGCAUCCUUAGUUUGGCAGUUUCUUUGUAGUAUUCCAGUGAAUAUGAUUGCAGAAUUUCUUCCCUGGCUUUCAACAUCUAUAUCAGCUGAUGAAUCUCAGGAUUUACGAGAUUUCUUAAUCAAGAUUGUGCCCGAGGAAAGGCUUCUUCAAAAGGUUGUUUUCACCUGGAUGGAAGGGAGAAGUAGUGUUAGCAGAAGUCAAAGUAGUGCUAACACAAUUCAAAGUUGUGCAGAUCAUUCUCAAGUUCAAUGUUGUUCUAGUCCAUUAACCCAUCAGGUUGGAAGAGUAAAUUGUAUAUGCGAGUCCACAACUACUGGAAAAAGGAAACAUUCUGGAUCUAUGCUAGAUGUUUCUGAUGCCACUGGAACACAUCCAAUAGAUGAGAUAUUACUCUGGCAUAAUGCAAUAAAAAAAGAGUUAAGUGAGAUAGCAGUGGAAACCAGGAGGAUACAACACUCUGGAGAUUUUACUGAUAUAUCAGCUUUUAAUGACAGAUUGCAAUUCAUUGCCGACGUUUGCAUAUUUCAUAGUAUUGCCGAGGACAAGGUUAUUUUUCCCGCGGUAGAUGGAGAACUUUCUUUCUUUCAGGAGCAUGCUGAAGAAGAAAGCCAGUUUAAUGACUUUCGGUGUUUGAUUGAAAGUAUUCUAAGUGAAGGAGCAUCGUCUAAUUCAGAAGUUGAAUUUUAUUCCAAGUUAUGCUCACAUGCUGAUCAUAUAAUGGAAACCAUUCAGAGGCAUUUCCAUAAUGAAGAAGUUCAGGUUCUUCCACUUGCAAGAAAGCACUUUAGCUUUAGAAGACAAUGUGAACUUCUCUAUCAAAGCUUAUGCAUGAUGCCUCUGAAAUUGAUUGAAAGAGUCCUACCAUGGUUGGUAGGAUCUUUAAAGGUAGAAGAAGCAAAAAUGUUCCUGAGAAAUAUGCAAUUUGCAGCUCCAGCAACAGAUUCUGCUCUGGUCACACUCUUCAGUGGUUGGGCAUGCAAGGCUCGUAAUGAAGGCAUGUGUUUGUCUUCAGGAACAUCAGAUUGCUGUCCUGCUCAAAGACUUUCUGAUAUUGAAGAAAAUAUUGAUCGGCCAUCCAGUGUUUGUUCCUCCGCAUCAUCUCGAAGACAUUGCUCGGUAAUACUUGAGUCAGAUGGCAACAAAAGACCAGUCAAGCGAAACACGUUUAAGUUGAACAAUGGAGAUGUAACUGAAAUUUCAGAGACUGAAAGUAUCCAGAAACAAUGCUGUAGUCCUCGGUCUUGUUGUGUGCCAGGUUUAGGAGUAAACAGUAACAAUUUGAGGCUUAGUUCAAUUUCAACAGCCAAGUCCUUGCGCUCCUUGUCUUUCAGCUCUUCUGCUCCAUCUCUCAAUUCCAGUCUUUUCAUAUGGGAAACAGAGAGCAGCUCAUGCGAUGUUGGCUCUGCAGAAAGACCAAUUGAUACCAUAUUUAAAUUCCAUAAAGCUAUACGUAAAGACUUGGAGUAUUUAGAUGUUGAAUCUGGAAAGCUGAGUGAUAGUGACGAGACCAUUAUUCGGCAAUUUAGUGGAAGGUUUCGUCUUUUGUGGGGUUUAUAUAGAGCUCAUAGUAACGCAGAAGAUGAUAUAGUAUUUCCAGCAUUAGAAUCCAAAGAGGCCCUUCACAAUGUGAGCCAUUCAUACAUGUUGGACCAUAAGCAGGAAGAACAAUUGUUUGAAGAUAUUUCCUUCGUUCUUUCUGAGUUUUCUGUCCUUCAUGAAGCCUUGCAGUUGACCCAUAUGGCAGACAAUUUGAGUGAUAGUAAUUUUGGAACUUCUGACGUCAAUGAUGGUGAUGAUGUCAAGAAGUAUAACGAACUUGCAACAAAGCUCCAGGGGAUGUGUAAAUCCAUAAGAGUGACCCUGGAUCAGCAUAUUUUCAGAGAAGAGCGUGAACUCUGGCCAUUGUUUGGGAAACAUUUCUCUGUGGAAGAACAAGAUAAGAUAGUAGGCCGGAUAAUUGGAACUACAGGUGCUGAAGUUCUCCAGUCAAUGUUACCGUGGGUAACUUCCGCACUUACUCAGGAUGAACAGAAUAAAAUGAUGGAUACAUGGAAGCAGGCAACUAAGAAUACCAUGUUCAAUGAAUGGCUUAAUGAAUGCUGGAAAGAGAGUCCAGAAUCUAUAUCACAGACAGAAACAUCACAUUGUAGCACGUCUCAUAGAGGUUCUGAGUAUCAGGAAUGCUUGGACUACAAUGAUCAAAUGUUUAAGCCAGGUUGGAAAGACAUAUUCCGGAUGAAUCAGAAUGAACUUGAGUCAGAGAUCCGGAAGGUUUAUCGUGACUCAACUCUUGAUCCUAGGAGAAAGGCAUAUCUUGUGCAGAAUCUUUUGACAAGUCGUUGGAUAGCUGCCCAGCAGAAAUCACCUAAACCUCCAUCUGAAGGAUCAUCUAACGGGGUCAAAAUAGAAGGACACUCACCAUCAUUUCGGGACCCAGGAGAACUUGUAUUUGGGUGUGAGCACUAUAAGAGAAAUUGCAAGCUUCGAGCUGCAUGCUGUGGCAAGUUAUUUACUUGCAGAUUUUGUCAUGACAACGUGAGCGAUCACUCAAUGGAUAGAAAAGCAACAUCAGAAAUGAUGUGUAUGCGCUGCCUGAAUAUACAGCCAAUUGGGCCUAUAUGCAUGACACCUUCAUGUAAUGCACUUUCAAUGGCAAAGUACUAUUGCAGUAUAUGCAAAUUUUUCGAUGAUGAAAGGAAUGUAUACCAUUGCCCAUUUUGCAAUUUAUGCCGUGUUGGACAAGGGCUUGGGAUUGAUUAUUUUCAUUGCAUGAAAUGCAAUUGCUGCCUGGGGAUUAAGUCGUUAUCUCAUAAGUGCCUGGAGAAAGGUUUAGAGAUGAAUUGCCCAAUUUGCUGUGACGACUUAUUCACGUCAAGUGCUACAGUCAGAGCUCUGCCUUGUGGCCACUACAUGCAUUCUGCUUGCUUUCAGGCAUACACUCGUAGUCACUACACAUGUCCAAUCUGCAGCAAGUCAUUGGGAGAUAUGGCGGUUUACUUUGGUAUGCUUGAUGCCUUAUUGGCUGCGGAGGAGCUCCCUGAAGAGUAUAGGGACCGUCAUCAGGACAUCCUUUGUAAUGACUGUGAUCGAAAGGGCACUUCACGCUUCCACUGGCUGUAUCACAAAUGUGGAUCUUGUGGCUCUUACAAUACCCGGCUGAUCAAGCGUGAGACCCAUUCCAGCUGCUCUUAGUGUGCUUCUUUGACGGGAGUUUGUAAAUACUUGUGUAGGAAUGCCAAUUUUCUCCCAACCAGGAACCCGAUUAUUGGUCUGUGUUUUAACAUAAAUAGAUUGCACGUGAAUCACUUCCAUUAGAGAUCUCUUACCUCUUGUUGUGCACCUAAUCAGUUAUUAUAGUAAUUAUUAUGUACAGAUCAACUUUCUUUCAAACUUAUACGUGCAAUGGAUAUUUUUUUGGCCAAUUUUCUUA